UAUUCUCCAUUCUAAUAAAAAAGAUAGCGUCUUUCAAAAUUAAAUCUGUCCACACUCAAACUAACACUAAUCGAUUUAUCAUUUCAACUGUAAAAACGAAAAAGAAUAUGAACUUCUGGUUCUCAAAAACAUGUGGAUAAUUUUGAAGCGUCCUUGGAAGGCUAUAUAUUGUGAAGCACUUCCUCCAAAAGAUACAGCACGCAAUUGGAUGACAUGGAAAGCCACCUAUCAAAGUCAAAACCUACGAAGACCAAAUCAUUUUUCACCUAAAUGAGAUGGUCACAGUCAAACACAACAAUUUUACGAACUGCUACCUUAUCAUCACUCGCUCUUCAUUUCCGCUCUCUUCUCCGACAAUGCGCACGCGCCACCGCUCUCCGUCCCGGCAAACAACUCCACGCCGCCGUAACUGUCACCGGCCUCAUUUCUUCCCCAAACCUCUUCCUCCGUAACGCCGUCCUCCAUCUAUACGCUUCAUGCUCUCUCCCUUCUCACGCCCGUAAACUGUUCGACGAAAUUCCCCACUCACACAAAGACUCCGUAGACUACACCACCCUCAUCCGUUGCUCUCCCCCCUUCGAAUCCCUCAAACUCUUUGUCCAAAUGCGUCAAUUGUGUCUUCCUCUUGAUGGGGUCGCCAUGGUUUGUUCCCUCAAUGCUUGUGCAAGACAUGGGGACCUUAAUCUUGGUCCUCAAAUGCAUGUGUGUGUAGUGAAAUUCGGGUUUGAGAAGUUUGUUAAAGUGUGUAAUGCUUUGAUGAAUGUGUAUGUCAAGUUUGGGCUUCUGGGUGACGCUAAAAAGGUGUUUGAAGAGAUUGAAGUUCCUAGUGUUGUGUCUUGGACUAUUGUUUUGGAAGGUUUAGUGAAAUGGGAAGGUUUGGAGAGUGGGAGGGUAGUGUUUGAUGAAAUGCCUGAGAGGAAUGAGGUUGCUUGGACUGUUAUGAUUGUUGGUUAUGUUGGGAAUGGAUUUACAAAAGAAGCUUUUUGCCUUUUGAAAGAAAUGGUUUUUGGGUGUGGGUUUGUUUUGAAUUGUGUUACAUUGUGUUCUGUUUUGUCAGCUUGUUCUCAAUCUGGUGAUGUUUGUUUGGGUAGGUGGGUUCAUGGUUAUGCUGUUAAAGAAAUGGGGUUGGAUUUUGGUGUUAUGGUUGGGACUAGUUUGGUUGAUAUGUAUGCAAAAUGUGGUAGGAUAAGUGCUUCAUUGAUGGUGUUUAGGCACAUGUGGAGGAGGAAUGUGGUGGCUUGGAAUGCCAUGCUUGGUGGGUUGGCUAUGCAUGGGAUGGGGAAAGCUGUGGUGGAUAUGUUUCCUUCCAUGGUGGAAGAAGUGAGACCUGAUGGUGUGACUUUUAUGGCUUUGUUAAGUGCUUGUAGCCAUUCAGGUUUAGUUGAAAAGGGUUGGGAAUACUUUCAUGAUCUUGAGUCUGUUUAUGGGAUUAAGCCAGAAAUAGAGCAUUAUGCUUGCAUGGUUGAUCUUCUCGGUCGAGCUGGACGUUUAGAAGAAGCUGAGUUUUUUGUGAAGAAGAUGCCGAUUCCUCCAAAUGAGGUUGUUUUAGGGUCCCUUCUUGGUUCUUGUUAUGCACAUGGUAAGUUGAAGCUAGGGGAAAAGAUUAUGAGAGAGUUAGUUGAGAUGGAUCCCUUCAACACCGAAUAUCACAUCGUGCUUUCGAACAUGUAUGCUUUGUCCGGAAAAGUAGACAAGGCGAAUUCCCUUAGGAAGGUUCUUAAGAAAAAGGGCAUCAAAAAAGCGCCGGGAAUGAGUUCGAUAUAUGCCGAUGGCCAACUUCAUCAGUUCAUUGCAGGGGAUAAGUCACACACUAGAACUUCAGAGAUUUACAUGAAGUUAGAUGAGAUGAUUUGUAGAUUGAGGUUUGGUGGAUAUGUUCCUAAUACAAGUUGUCAGGUUUUGUUUGGUUGUUCCAAUAGGGAUGAUUAUAGCGAGGCAUUGGAGGAGGUAGAACAAGUGUUGUUCACUCAUAGUGAAAAGCUUGCACUGUGUUUUGGACUAAUGAACACAGCUUCUGGUUCUCCUUUAUAUAUUUUCAAGAAUUUGAGGAUAUGCCAAGACUGUCAUUCUGCUAUUAAGAUUGCUUCUGAUGUAUACAGACGAGAAAUUGUUGUCCGAGAUCGAUAUCGUUUUCAUAGUUUCAAGAAUGGUUCUUGUUCUUGCUCUGACUAUUGGUGAAAGACCCUUUCCAAAUGGAGAGAUAAAAGUUUCAUUCAUCAAGUAGGUGCAUCCUUAACACAAAUAUUCUUUAGAGGGUAUUGUUGAUUUUUCGAAAUUGAAUCCUCUGCUGUGGAGCUGCCUCUGUGGCAUUGAACACAUCGGUGAGAGAAUGUGGCCGUCUGAUUUCAAUCAAACAGUCUUCAAUGCAUUGACUGUAGGACUGCAGGAUUCCGUGAAUGUAGCAAUUCGGGCGUAAGAUAGAGAUGUUUGGAAAUGUAGAAGAGUUGUGGUAGAGAAUCUAAAUCCGGAUCAAUGUUUUUUCCCCCACAUAAUUGAUCUCAUCUUUUACUUUCUCUCUUUUUUUUGCUUUUCAUUUUUUGUCUCUUGAGAGAAUCUUUGUAGUUGUGAGGUAAAAGUUAGCCUUAAUAUGAAGAAAUUAAGGAUGUGUUUGAUAUAUACUUAGAUGUAGUACAAAUAGAAUUGUACAAUACAAUUUCUUUUGUUAUACAUUGUUUGUGAAUAAUACAAUACAAUUUCUGUAACAAUAA